AUGCCGGUAUUUUCCAAAUCAGCCGAACCGGUUCCUUGGGUUCGACGAGAGAUAUCAAACACAAGUUUCCCUGUUCAAAAUGCUUGUGAUCCUAAAGGAAAAGCUGUAGCUGCUGAAAACACAGGAGCAGGCCAAACCACUCCCAGAAAAGCUGUAGCUGCUGAAAACACAGGAGCAGGCCAAACCGCUCCCAGUUCUUUCGUGCAUACGAACUGUCAGGGACCCCUUCCUGAAACAGCUAAUACUGGUCAAAAGGCUUGUCACCCUAAAGGAAAAGCUAUAGCUGCUGAAAACACAGGAACAGGCCAAACCGCUCCCAGUUCUUUCGUGCAUACGAACUAUCAGGGACCCCUUCCUGAAACAGCUAAUACGGGUCCAAAUGCUUGUGAUCCUAAAGGAAAAGCUGUAGGUUCUGAAAACACCGGAGCAGGCCAAACCUGUUUCAGUUCUUUUGUGUAUACGAACUAUCAGGGACGUCUUCCUGAAACUGCUAAUACUUGUGAAAAUGAUUGUGAUACUAAUGGAGAUACUGCAGAUGCUCAAAACCCAGGAAUAGGCCAAACCGAUUCCAGUUCUUUCGUGGAUACGAACUAUCAGCAGAGUCCCUUUCCUGAAACGGCUUACACUGGUCAAAAUGCUUUUGAUCCUACCGGAAAUGCUGCAGCUGCUCAAAACCCAGGAGCAGGCCAAACUGGUCUGAGUUCUUUCGUCUGUACAAAGUAUCAACAGGGACUCCUUCCUGAUACGGCUUAUGCUGAUCAAAAUGCUUUUGAUCCUAAUGGCAAUGCUGCAGCUGCUCAACACUCAGAAUCAGGCCAAACAGCUGUGCAAAACCCAGGAGCAGGACAAAGCGGUCCCAGUUCUUUCAUGUAUACAUACAAUCAGGAGGGACUCCUUCCUGAAAUGGAUUACACGGCUUAUUCUGGUCAAAAUGGUUUUGAUUUUAAUGGAAAUGCUGCAGCUGCUCAAAACCCAGGAUCAGGCCAAACUGGUCCAAGUUCUUUUGUGCAUACGAACUAUCAGCGGAGACCCCUUCCUCAAACAGCUAAUACUGGUCAAAAUGCUUGUGAUCCUAAAGGAAAAGCUGUAGCUGCUGAAAACACAGGAGCAGGCCAAACCUGUUCCAGUUCUUUUGUGUAUACAAACUAUCAGGGACGUCUUCCUGAAACUGCUUAUACUUUUCAAAAUGGUUUUGAUUUUAAUAGAGAUACUGCAGCUGCUCAAAACCCAGGAGUAGGCCAAGGCGAUUCCAGUUCUUUGGUGUAUACAAAAUAUCAGCAGGGUCCCUUUCCUGAAACGGCAUAUACUGGUCAAAAUGCUUUUGAUCCUAACGGAGAUGCUGCAGCUGCUCAAAACCUAGGAACUGGCCAAACCGGUCUGAGUUCUUUCGUGUAUACAAACUAUCAACAGGGACCCCCUCCUGAAACGGCUUAUGCUGGUCAAAAUGCUUUUGAUCAUAAUGGAAAUGCUGCAUCUGCUCAAAACCCAGGAUCAGGCCAAGCCAGUCCUAAUUCUUUCAUGUAUACAUACUAUCAGCAGGGACCCCUUCCUGAAAUGGAUUAUACGGCUUAUGCUGGUCAAAAUGGUUUUGAUUUUAAUGGAAAUGCUGCAGCUGCUCAAAACCCAGGAGCAGGCCAAACCGGUUCCAGUUUUUUUGAGUAUGCAAACUUUCAGCAGGGACCCAUUUCUGAAAUGGUUUAUACUGGUCAAAAUGCUUUUGAUCCUAAUGGAAAUGUUGCAGCUGCUCAAAACCUUGGAUCAGGCCAAACUGGUCCCAGUUCUUUCGUCCAUACCUACUAUCAGCAGGGAUCCCUUCCUGAAAUGGUUUAUACUGGUCAAAAUGAUUUUGAUCCUUAUGGAAAUAAUGCAGCUGCUCAAAAUCCAGGAGCAGGCCAAACCGGUCCCGGUUCUUUCAUAAAUACAAACUAUCAGCUGGGACCCCUUCCUGAAAUGGCUUAUGUCGGUCAAAAUGCUUUUGAUCCCUAUGGAAAUGCUGCAGCUGCUCAAAACCUAGGAGCAGGCCGAAUCGGCAGUCCCAGUACUUUCAUGUGUUCAAACUAUCAGCAGGGGCCCCUUCUGGAAACGGAUUAUACUGGUCAAAAUGCUUUUGAUCCUUAUGGAAAUAAUGCAGCUGCUCAAAAUCCAGGAGCAGGCCAAACCGGUCCCGGUUCUUUCAUAAAUACAAACUAUCAGCUGGGACCCCUUCCUGAAAUGGCUUAUAUCGGUCAAAAUGCUUUUGAUCCCUAUGGAAAUGCUGCAGCUGCUCAAAACCCAGGAGCAGGCCGAAUCGGCAGUCCCAGUUCUUUCAUGUAUACAAACUAUCAGCAGGGACCCCUUCUGGAAACUGAUUAUACUGGUCGAAAUGCUUUUGAUCCUUAUGGAAAUAAUGCAGCUGCUCAAAAUCCAGGAGCAGGCCAAACCGGUCCCGGUUCUUUCAUAAAUACAAAUUAUCAGCUGGGACCCCUUCCUGAAAUGGCUUAUGUCGGUCAAAAUGCUUUUGAUCCCUAUGGAAAUGCUGCAGCUGCUCAAAACCUAGGAGCAGGCCGAAUCGGCAGUCCCAGUACUUUCAUGUGUUCAAACUAUCAGCAGGGGCCCCUUCUGGAAACGGAUUAUACUGGUCAAAAUGCUUUUGAUCCUUAUGGAAAUAAUGCAGCUGCUCAAAAUCCAGGAGCAGGCCAAACCGGUCCCGGUUCUUUCAUAAAUACAAACUAUCAGCUGGGACUCCUUCCUGAAAUGGCUUAUGUCGGUCAAAAUGCUUUUGAUCCCUAUGGAAAUGCUGCAGCUGCUCAAAACCUAGGAGCAGGCCGAAUCGGCAGUCCCAGUUCUUUCAUGUAUACAAACUAUCAGCAGGGACCCCUUCUGGAAACGGAUUAUACUGGUCGAAAUGCUUUUGAUCCUUAUGGAAAUAAUGCAGCUGCUCAAAAUCCAGGAGCAGGCCAAACCGGUCCCGGUUCUUUCAUAAAUACAAACUAUCAGCUAGGAUCCAUUCCUGAAAUGGCUUAUAUCGGUCAAAAUGCUUUUGAUCCCUAUGGAAAUGCUGCAGCUGCUCAGAACCCAGGAGCAGGCUGAAUAGGCAGUCACAGUUCUUUCAUGCAUACAAACUAUCAGCAGGGACCCCUUCCUGAAACUGCUUAUAGUGGUCAAAAUGCUUUUGAUCCUAAUGGAAACGAUGCAGCUGCUCAAAAUCCAGGAGCAGGCCAAACCGGCGUUCCCAGUUCUUUCCUGUACACAAAGUAUCAGCAGGGACCGCUUCCUGAAACGACUUAUACUGGUCAAAAAUUCUUUUGAUCCUACUGGAAAUGAUGCAGCUGCUCAAAACCCAGGAGCAGGCCAAACUGUCCCAAUUCUUUCGUGUAUACAAAUAAUCAGCAGGUAACCCCUUCCUGAAACAGCUUAUACUACUGCAGAAAAACCAGACAAUGCUGUUCAGCUGGCGCAUGGUAGCUUGAAGACACCACAUACUGAAUCACAUGCCUCUGCUAAUUUGGAUAAAUUCUUUAAAAAGGUAAAACUUGUUGAUGGUGAUAGUAAUAGAUACAGAGCAAACACCCAUGGCCCAGGGAGAUUUUGGGGCUGCAACUACUCAUGGAAUGUUUUUCCGCCACUAGCUGUCUAAUACGAAUACAGAAUGGAAAGUAUACAAACGAGGGCCUCGGGCUGUGUUCUGAAGAAAUCAACAGCAAGAUAUAGAUGGGCAUGAUAAGGAUUAAGGGAAUAAAUAUUUAGAAGAUUUUGUUUGAGUAUAUAUCUCUUUAUUUGAUUUUU